AUGCCGGCGGCCAACAUGCUGGAGAACCUGCAGCCGCCCGCCCUGCAGGUGCCCGAGCCCCAGGGCGCGCCCGAGGGCAGCCCGCUCUGGUCCAGCUCGUCUACCCCCACGCUCCGCCGCCGGCGCUUCAAGAUGCGCCGCAUGAAGAACGUGCAGGAGCAGAGCCUGGAGGCCGGGCUGAGCCGGGACCUGCCCGGCGUCCUGGCCCCGGGCAAGGAAUUCCUGCAGCUGCCGUCCAUCGAGAUCACGCCCUCCAGCGACGAGGACACCCCCUGGUCCAACUGCUCCACACCCAGCGCUUCUCCGCGCCGAAAGCGCUUCCUCCUCCGCAAGUGGCUCAGGGUGAGGGAGCGAAAGGAGUGCAGUGAAAGCAGCAGCCAACAGAGCAGCCUGCAGAGCAGCCACGACGAUGAUUCCAGCAGGUUCCUGAGUCCCAGAGUGCGGGAGGAAAGCACUGCCAGUAACUCAAACCGCAGCACGCCGGCCUGCUCCCCCAUCCUCCGCAAACGGUCUCGCUCGCCAACCCCGCAGAGCCCGGACGGAGACACCAUGGUGGAGAAGGGCUCCGAUCACUCCUCGGACAAGUCCCCGUCCACGCCGGAGCAGGGUGUGCAGCGCAGCUGCUCCUCACAGUCUGGCCGGAGUGGCGGCAAAAAUUCCAAGUCUCACAAGCGCCUCUCAAAAAAAAGCCAGAGUUGGUAUAAUGUGUUAAGCCCAACUUACAAGCAGAGAAAUGAAGACUUCCGAAAGCUCUUUAAGCAACUUCCAGACACGGAGCGUCUCAUUGUUGAUUACUCAUGUGCACUCCAAAGAGACAUUCUUCUUCAGGGCCGACUCUACCUCUCUGAAAAUUGGAUCUGCUUCUACAGCAACAUCUUCCGCUGGGAAACUCUGCUGACGGUCCGUUUGAAAGACAUCUGCUCCAUGACUAAAGAGAAAACAGCUCGCCUCAUUCCCAAUGCCAUUCAAGUUUGCACUGACUCUGAAAAGCACUUUUUCACGUCAUUUGGGGCCCGGGACAGGACAUACAUGAUGAUGUUCCGGCUCUGGCAGAACGCACUCCUGGAAAAGCCCCUCUGCCCCAAGGAGCUCUGGCACUUCGUUCACCAGUGCUAUGGGAAUGAACUGGGCCUUACCAGUGACGAUGAGGACUACGUGCCCCCUGAUGACGACUUCAACACGAUGGGCUACUGUGAGGAGAUCCCCGUGGAAGAGAAUGAAGUGAACGACAGCUCAUCCAAAAGCAGCAUCGAGACCAAGCCGGAUGCCAGUCCUCAGCUCCCCAAGAAGUCCAUCACCAACAGCACACUGACGUCCACAGGGAGCAGCGAGGCCCCUGUCUCGUUCGAUGGCCUGCCCCUGGAGGAGGAGGUGCUGGAGGGCGAGGGGUCCCUAGAGAAGGAGCUUGCCAUUGACAACAUCAUCGGGGAGAAGAUUGAGAUCAUCGCGCCUGUGACCUCCCCUUCGCUGGACUUCAAUGACAAUGAGGACAUCCCCACUGAGCUCAGUGACUCUUCCGACACCCACGAUGAAGGGGAGGUCCAGGCCUUCUACGAGGACCUGAGUGGCCGGCAGUACGUGAACGAGGUCUUCAACUUCAGUGUGGACAAGCUCUAUGACCUGCUGUUCACGGACUCGCCCUUCCAGCGGGACUUCAUGGAGCAGCGGCGCUUCUCAGAUAUCAUCUUCCAUCCGUGGAAGAAGGAAGAGAACGGAAACCAGAGCCGAGUGAUCCUGUACACCAUCACCCUCACCAACCCUCUGGCUCCGAAAACUGCCACUGUCAGGGAGACGCAGACCAUGUACAAGGCGAGCCAGGAGAGCGAAUGUUAUGUGAUCGACGCUGAGGUCCUCACGCACGACGUGCCCUACCACGACUACUUCUACACCAUCAACCGCUACACACUCACCCGCGUGGCUCGGAACAAGAGUCGGCUCAGGGUCUCCACAGAGCUGCGCUACCGCAAACAGCCCUGGGGCUUGGUGAAGACGUUCAUCGAGAAGAACUUCUGGAGUGGGCUGGAGGACUACUUCCGCCACCUCGAGAGUGAGCUGACCAAGACGGAGAGCACGUACCUGGCUGAGAUGCACAGACAGUCUCCCAAAGAGAAGACCAGCAAGGCCCCGGCCGUUCGGAGGAGGAAGCGUCCCCAUGCCCACCUGCGGGUGCCUCACCUGGAAGAGGUGAUGAGCCCCGUCACCACACCCACCGAUGAAGACGUGGGCCACAGGAUCAAACACGUGGCAGGUUCCACGCAGACACGGCAUAUCCCCGAGGACACCCCUAACGGUUUCCAUCUGCAGAGUGUGUCCAAGCUGCUGCUGGUUAUCAGCUGUGUGAUCUGUUUCAGUCUGGUGCUGCUGGUUGUCCUUAACAUAAUGCUCUUCUACAAACUCUGGAUGUUGGAAUACACCACCCAGACACUCACCGCCUGGCAGGGUCUGAGGCUCCAAGAAAGGGGUCUGGGAGCACAGGACAGUCCACUGAGCAUAACUCCAGCUGCCAGGGUACCCCUUCUUCUGCCCCACAGGUUACCCCAGUCUCAGACAGAAUGGGCCCAGCUCUUGGAGUCCCAACAAAAGUACCACGAUACAGAGCUCCAAAAAUGGAGAGAGAUCAUCAAAUCCUCGGUAAUGCUUCUUGACCAGAUGAAGGACUCGCUCAUCAAUCUCCAGAACGGCAUCAGGUCCCGAGACUACACGUCAGAAAGUGAAGAGAAGAGGAACCGCUAUCACUGACAAGGCAGGAGCAGGGGGGACUGCGA